CGUCGACAGAUAUAGAUACUGAACGGCAUUGUAUGCACUAUUAAAAGCAUUUGGGAAAAUUUAAAACAUAGAUUGUUCAAAUAUUUUUGUUCCCAGACGGUGAUUUAUGAUUCAGUGACAGUUUACUUUGAAUAAAGAUACAUGCAUUUUUUGCGAAUAAAUCAUUUAUAGACCAAGCCCGCCAAAAACGUGUUGUUGAUUAUUGUUUAUUCAAGCAGACGACAAUUAAUGCUCAAACAUACGGCUUCAGUUGUCGUACUGCGGAUGAGGCACUUGUCAUAAAGCAGACAGUUGUGUUGCUGUGCCUAUAAACAUGGUGUUAAACACCGAAAACUCCUGACACGCAAAUACCGAGGUGUCAUCUUUUCAACACAGUCUCAUUCUGUUUACAUACCUUGAAAAAAAAAAAAUACGGCGAAAUAAUUAGACACAUAUACGCUUUAAUUGGUGAAGACCAAUUUCGGACUUAACUAAUUGGUAGCUAUCAAAUUUUCAUACAAUAAAGGCGUUAACAUAUUUAAUGUUUCUUUCACCGUGACGGUGCUAUUUUUCAAAAGUAAGAUGGAUUAUGUUUAUUUUACAAUUUUAUAUGAUGAACGAUGAGUUGUCACUGAUAAAAAAUCAGUCAUUAUAUAAAUAACAACAUACAUUUACCUGUUCAUUUUCAUUGUUUUACGUGAUUUAUUAACAUGACAUCAUUUGUUUAUGUAAAGUUUCCGUGUUAAAAUAAUUACAUGUAUCAUACGUAUAUACAUGUACAUAUGCAAAGGAUUUGAUAAAAAUGGGAUAUAUGAUAAGUUUAAAAGGACGGUUGUAAUUGAAAUUGGAUUUAUUUUUUAUAUAUUAACAACAACCAUGUCUUAUACAUGUAUAAGUACUUAGUAACACCAGUAUAGGCAAGGGUGGCAGCAACAUUAACACAAACAACACUGUCACCAUAAUGGUAUUAUAUUGUGAAUAUCAACAGAUGCUACUUGAACAGUUCAUUCAAUUAAGAUAAACGGGACCAUAUCACCAACAACGUCAAGUUUUUGUAUGGGAAUAACAACGACAACAACAAAAGCAACAGCAGCAGUAGAAACUCUAUCGUCACCAUCAUCAUUAUUAAGACAUUAAAAACAACAUCAUUGUUAAUAAGCUACAACAACGAAAAACAUUAGGAUAAAUACUAUAACUAUAAGUGGCAAAUAGGUUAAAAGUUUAACUAUUGUACAUAAACGAAACACAAUUUAGUGUGAAUCCUACAUGUACAAAUAGAGUGUUGAAUUAUCUAAAGUGUCAAUGACCUGAAAGAACAUUCAAUAGCGAGUAGAAAAGCAAGGAAAAAAAGAAAGAAAGAAAUUGAUACCAUAAUUACACCAAAAACAGCCAACGUAAAGACGAAGACAGUGGCCAAUUUCAUGAAAAUCAUCAAACAACAAUUUAUUUAACAUUACUAUAAACACGAUACAAGAGAUGAAAUAACUAACAACAGCAACAUCAGACUAGUUCAUCAUAAAUAGUUAAGACUUUACUCCUAGAUUGAUUAAUGCUAUAGCAAGUGUUGCAAAAAGCACUCAUUAACUCUAAGAGACCCAAAGACUAAAGAAAGACGAAAGUAGGAACAUAUAAGCAAGCAGUAAGGGAGCCAAAUGUAUCAGUAUCAGAAAAAUAAAACAAUUAAUAUCAAACACAUAGUCCAGGAAAAAGUUAUUGGAGAGAAAAAAAACUUAUAAAUUCUAUGUAAACUUUGAAAAAUUAGCAAGAGGACUUGAUUACAAACAAGUAAAAGAAACAGAAAUACAAAUAGCAAGUGAAAUAAUAAUAACAAGGACAAUUCAUAAAGAAAUUUUAACUCUCAAAGUUGUGUCAUUUCUGUGAUAGUAAAGUUUAACUCAGGAGGAUGACUAUAAUUUACCAAUACAAGGUAGCUACUACCUCAUUUUUCGGCUUCUUUAAGUUACUACGGCGAUGGAGGGGCAGCGUGUACAAGUUGAUGUUCAAAGAGACCAUAAUAUUCUGUGCCUUGUAUACAAUUAUAAGUCUCACUUAUAGACUAGCUCUCAAUGGUUAUCAGAGAAGCGUGUUUGAGAAGCUUGUUGUGUACUGUAACAGUUAUACAAAUUUGAUACCAGUAUCGUUCGUGCUCGGGUUUUACGUGAGUGUUGUAGUGACAAGAUGGUGGCAACAAUUUACAAACGUUCCUUGGCCAGACAGAACUCUGUACAUACUUGGGAGCUACCUUGUGGGACUAGACGAGCAAGGACGAAUUUAUAGACGCACCGUUGCAAGAUACAUGCUCUUCGGACUUAUCCUUAUUCUGCGGUCCGUCAGCGUGUCUGUGAUGAAGAGGUAUCCCACAAUGGAACAUAUUGUCGAUGCAGGAUUUGUUACACACGAAGAAGUUGUCAUGUAUGAAAAUGUGGAAUGUAAAUUUAACAAAUUCUGGGUGCCACUGGUCUGGGCUAACAGUGUACUUACACAAGCCAGGAAGGAAGGCCGGAUCGAGUCCGAAAUUGGCUUUAGGUUGAUCAUGGAGCAAAUAGCGGAUUUUAGAGACAAGUGUUCGUUGUGUUUUGUAUAUGACUGGAUUUCCAUCCCGCUUGUGUAUACACAGGUAGUUACAUUGUCUGUACAUAUAUUUUUCGGAGCGUGUUUGAUUGGACGACAAUAUGUUCAGGACGACGAGGAUAAUCCAGAUUUCUACAUCCCUUUCUUCACCUUGCUACAGUUCUUCUUCUAUAUGGGUUGGCUGAAGGUCGCGGAACAGAUGAUAAAUCCGUUUGGAGAGGACGACGACGAUUUUGACAUGAACUGGCUCAUUGACCGACAUACUGCUGUUGCAAUGUGUCUAGUGGACCAGUGUCACGCAAACUACCCACCAUUGACUAAAGAUCUCCACUUUAAUGAGAUAAGCACGGAAUUACCGUAUACAGAGGCAGCCAUGUCCUCAAAGAGACCAAACUUUUUGGGAUCAACAUACAACUUGGAGCGGCCGUCUAUAUCAGAUCAAAGGGUCUUACCGAUGUCUCCUCUAGUGGGUGGACACGAGGGGCAUCCAGCUGCCCCGCUCAGACAAAGGUCAAAUACAGGACCUAGACAUAACACAGGCUCGGUUUGGAGUUUAUUUGGAUUUAAACCUAAUCUACAUCGAGGUGGAUUUGGCGGAUCCCGCGACACUCUGAAAUCAACUUCAACCAUGAUGAACGGUAAUGCAGGUUUCGGACCGCUAAAUACUUCUAACCAGCCACGUGAACAUAGAGACAGUAGGGGAAGCCGAAGCAGUCUGGGCUCACGUUUGUCUCUUCCACCAAAUGAUCUACCACCUGAGUACGUACCUCUGAAACGUGCGCGAGCAACUACGGAUGCUCCGCAUCGGCCAUUACAGCGAGUGAUUGAUAAUGACCGAGAGAGAAAAUGGAGCUUCCCAUUGAGCUUGUUAAGAAGGAAACGAGAAAGAGAGAUCUCAGAGAGAGGCAUGUCUGUGUCGUCUGCUGCAUCAGAAGAAUACACAGGAGAGGAUAUGGAGCCGCUACUUACACCACCAUUGCAACGAAGUCGUUUUGUUGUUGAGUCAGUACCAGGUGAUAAUAGCCACAUCGAUGCAUCUAAACAAGCCAGAAAUAAACAACUCCUGGACAAACAUAUGGGAUACAUGGCAGUAUCGAGACCACCUGUGCUCUCCGCUAUUGAAGAAGGCAACACUAUACGAAGUGUGAAGGAUCUAAUUCCAUCGCCGUCGUCACAUUCGCUUGAAACAAUGGAAGAAUGUCCACAUGUUGGUGACGGAGAAAUUCCACUGCCAACAACAAUAGAAGAAGAGGAAGAUCCCAAUGAAGAAGAGGAAGAUCCCAACGAAGAUGUGUUCGAAGAAGAUAAAGAUGUUGACAGACUUGAACCAGUUGACAACACAUCAGUUAAAGAAAUGAUAAAAACAAAUGAAACGUUUAAACAAAUAAUGUUUCCAAUAAACCAGACUGAAACUUCUCAACUUUUCCACGUUAAUGAACAGACUGAUGCAGUCACUCCAGAUAAAAGUGGACAGGAGGUUGAAAUGACUGAGCUUAAAACUGAAUUUGACACGAAAGAAAACUUGCUAAGUGAUGGUGCUACUAACCUUUCAGAAUCGGGAGAGUUUAAUUUAACAGAUACUGGCAAUAAACAGGAUGUGAAUUAUUCAGAUUCGUCGUCCGACGUACAGACAAACUUUCCCACUAUACCUUCAAUUGUAACGAUGUCAAGGCAUGUUAUUUCUGCGCGAUCCUCGGAAAGGAGUAGCUCAAGCUUACAAAUCCCGCUUCCACCAUCUACUUUUAGCAGACAGAAACAGUACCGUACCGUUGAAAUUCGCCGAGAAUUGAAAACCGAUCGUGAGCGUUUGAAUGCGACCUUACCGUUUCAAUCAAAUAAAGGAAAUUGGCGGGAUGCCAGGACAGCUAGAGAUGCUACACUACAUUCAGUAACUUGGCAAGACUUAAGAAAUGACGGUGAUGCUUCUUUUCGUUCGGUGUUACGCGACACAAAAAGUGAAAGGGACGUUUCAAUCCGGCCUGUAGCUGGUUAUGACAUAAGUUUGGAUAAAGAUUACUCAGUUCGUUCAGUUAAAACUUUGAAAAAUUACCGUAGCUCACAGAUUUCUGAUGAUGAAUAUUCUAGUGACAAAGAAAGCACGCAGACACCGUUAGACACUAAUAGAGCUAUACCAAUAGUUCAGUGGCAGAAAAUCAGUUCUAUACCGGAGACCGACCGAGCUGACGACAGUAUAGGCAUCACUAAUCCAGUUGAUCUGAAGAAAUGCCUUACUUGUAAAGAAGAUAGGAAAAUUCUUAAGUUACUACCAUGCCUGCAUUCUUUCUGCCGACAAUGUUUGGAGCGUCAAGUACAAGAAAAUCCAAGUAGAUCAUGGUUCCGAUGUGACCUCUGUAAAAACCAAACACAUAUUCCCAGCAAAGGUAUUGAGGGAUUUGAAGAUAACCGGUAUUUCGAUUUCUCCGAAUAUUCGGUUACAGAGAAUGACAGAUGUGAUAAAUGCAAAGGAAAAAUUCCGAGUUGCAGAUGUUCCGAUUGCGGACAAAAUCUAUGUUCGGAAUGCGUUCAUGGGCACCUGAAUGAAGAUACGUCAAAAUCGCACUACGUCAUAAAUGUUACUCACGAGAUGUUAGGAAAGUCAUCACUAAGUGCCGUUUGUGAAGAACACAGUCCAUUUACACUGGAACUAUUUUGUUUGACUUGUUCCGAGGCUAUUUGUGGACGAUGCGCCAUCCAAAAACACAAUCACCAUAUAGCGGAGAAUAUUCAAGCAACUGCAUCAGAUAAGAGAAAGGAACUGAAAGCUUUACUAACAGAUUCGACAACAAAGCGUGCUAUAAGAGAUGCUCAUGAAUACACGAAAACAUGUUUAAAGGAAAAGGCAAAUAUUCAAGCAGAUGUACAAACGACGGUGAACUCUAUAGAAGUUCAUAUACAGGCACUCAAAGAUGAGCUGGAUAAGCUUGGUAAAGAUAUGAUUAAAGAUGUAGUUGAGAAAGAAGUUUCUCUGAUGGCAACUAUGGCGAAAAAUAUUGAAGAUGCAGAGGCAAGAGAAAAGGCUUCAUUUGCUUCGAUAGAAACAUUGAAGCAGAUGAUUGACAGAACACGUGACCUUGAACUUAUCAAUAAAAGUAAUAACUUGAAAGCAGUGAUAUCAGAAGUUAAGAAAUCUUGUAAACCACCUCCAGCCAAAUGCGUCAAGAUAAAAUAUAAACCAUUGGUCCACAGUGUGAGGUCCUCAGUUGGACGCGUCAACAUGGAAGCCAUACUGAAACGACCUGUUCAUUACGUAGAACUCGGUUCUUUGCAACUAGGUAAAUCUAUAAGUUGUAUACACCCAGUUGAUGAUCUGAAAGCAUGGGUUGCAUUUAGAAAGUACAUCCAGCUUUGUAGCAAGGAUGGUGCGUUUGGACCAAGAGUAGAUAUUGGGGAACUUGUGUAUGGGAUGGCUGCUAACUCUAAUGGAACAGUAUUCACUGCGUGUAAAACAAGUGUCAAGGUCGUUACAAAUAAAAUGAAUGCAAAGUUUCUCUUUCAGUUGCUGCACGAGCCGAGUGACCUAAAAAUAAAUGAAAGGGAUUUUUUCAUUAUUAGUUUUAGGGAAGCGAAACGAGUGGCCCUGUUUGACACGAAAGGAAAAGCGGUACAUGAAUUCGAUAUCCGCCAUUUUGGAUUUCGAUUUGGCGUACGUAUCAAUGAUCCAUGGAAACUUGCCAUUAGCGAAACCCAGGAUAUAUAUUUGACCGAUUUUGGUUCGGAAGGAAUUGGCGUUUUUGACAGCCAAUGUGAGAUUAAAUACGCUUUUGAAUCCAAUGUAUACAGACAUGCCGCACUGUGUUGUGAUCGCGGACUCAUUUUUAUCUCGGACUAUAAACGUGACUGUGUACAGGUUUAUUCGCAAGAAGGUCAACUUUUGCAGACGUGUCAAAUGCAGGGAAUCAUUGCGCCAUGCAGUAUUGCUGUUGACAAACAAGGCGAUUUGUGGAUUGGUUCUUGGAAUGGUCUUGUAAAAAUUUACUCUCCUCGAUAGAAGAAAAAACUCUUUUCCGCAUCAGUCGUAUAAACACAAAUUUUUAUAGAAGAAUAUGUUUUCUGAUCGCCAUUAUGUGUAUUUUGUUUGAUUAAACCGACAGUGUACGUUACGUGAGUUAAAUGAAUAUUUCCUUAUCUAUCUAAAAUACAAGUUAUGAGGUCUGACCGCUAAGCUCAAUAGUAAGAGUAUCUAUAAAAUAGGGAUCGCUAGUAC